CGCACCGUUAUCUCUCUUUACAGGAGCGUUGCUGCGUCAAUUUUCUCCCCUCUCUUUCACACACAUCUUUCUCUCUCUAGAACAGUCAGAAAGAGAGAGAGACUUCGAAGAUGGCCACUAACAUCGGAAUGAUGGAUGCUGCUUACUUCGUCGGUAGAACGGAGAUCUUAGCCUGGAUUAACUCCAGUCUCCAACUCAGUCUCUCCAAAGUCGAAGAGGCGUGCUCCGGCGCAGUUCACUGUCAGCUAAUGGAUGCUGCACAUCCUGGAAUCGUACCGAUGCACAAGGUCAAUUUCGACGCCAAGACAGAGUACGAUAUGAUUCAGAACUAUAAGGUUCUUCAAGACGUUUUCAACAAAUUGAAAAUCACAAAGCACAUUGAGGUGAGCAAGCUAGUGAAAGGAAGACCACUGGAUAACCUUGAAUUCAUGCAAUGGAUGAAGAAAUACUGUGAUUCUGUUAGCGGCGGUGGUCAUCACAAUUACAAUCCUGCUGAAAGAAGAGAAUCCUGCAAAGGUGGGAAAGAUAUAAGCAGGAAAUCCGCACCAACACAACCAACCAGAGGCUCCACAGGUGCACCUAAGCAUCACUCCACCCGAAGAGGCGAUCCAUCUUCUGCACACUCAGCAGCUCCACCUGUCAAGACCUCUAAACCACCUUCUGCAACUCCAAACGUCUCUGUAUACGAUCAACAGAUCACGGAGUUAAAGCUAACAAUGGAUAGUCUUGAAAAAGAAAGAGAUUUCUACUUUGCAAAGCUGAGGGAUAUCGAAAUCCUGUGCCAAUCUCCUAAUAUCGCAAACUUGCCUAUUAUUGAUGCGAUACAGAGGAUCUUGUAUGCUGCUGAAGAGGAUCCAUCGAUAGUGGAAGAAGCUCAAGCGAUGCUUCUUAACCAAGAGAAGCAAGGAGUCUCUUUGACACCAAUAUCUGAAGGUGUAGAAGAAGAGUCGAGGGUGAAAUUCGAUAGUCAAAAGAGGAAAAGCAUUAUUAAUCUUGAGGUUGAUCUUGCAGCAAGUAACACGUUGUCUCCUAGACAAAGGGUUUCUGAUGCUUCUGAUGUCCAUUGCAGUGGGUCACCUCUUAUGACUUAUUGAUGAUGAUGAUGAUGAUGCUAAUUAUCUAUUUAGUUUUUUCUAUGUUGAAAACGAUCUUCUUUAUUUUCUUGAUUAGUGUGCUUAUUAUAGACAAUGUUUAGUCAUUAGUGACAACUUGUUGGAGUGGCCUUUCUCCUUUUGUUGUCUAAUGGAGUUAAAAGGGGCAUUUAGAUGUUUUUGUUGUAUAAGAUUGGGUGUUAUACGACACCUGGCCAUGACAUAUCAACUAUUAAUUAAGACCGAC